AGAGGCUGACGUAGAUUGUUUGGCACGCUCGCGCCUCCGCUCCCAUGUGCUCGCUUUACUCAGAAGUUAAACUCAUUAAUAUGUAAUUAUGCUCUUUAUUAAUUGUUUUUAAUGCUGGUUUCGCGCAGUUGUUGUUGUAUUUUUAAGUAAAUUAAGUAUAAAGUAACACAGAGCUCGAGCGGGGGACGCGUGGCCGGAGCUCAGCAGCGGCAGCAGCGGCAGCACAUGUCCGGGCUUGUUUGGGCCGGUGUUUCUCAGCCGGAGCCCGGAGCGCGCGGACAGCAUGGCGAACCGAUUCCCCGCUCAGCUCUUCCCACAUUUCUACCAGGACGGACCUCCAGAACAUCGAGCUAAACAUGUUUAUGACGGCUGGGGCUCCUACGGACAAAUACUGCGGGGAGACGAUGAGCCAGCUCAGGGUGAGAUGGAGGGGGAAAUGCUGUGGGGGUUCAAGGCCCAGCAUAAGAAGAAGGGAGAAAUGUGGAUCCCUGUUGAGCCAGUGGUAACCCCAUUGCUGCCUCCCAAUAAAGCUGGCAAAAUCCCCUCAGGCCCACCUUCCAGUCCAGAUAAUUUCCCAGAGCAUAUUCAGCAUUUCCAUGUACAUCACUGUAUGGAUUCCUUCUCCACCAUGGGUCAUCUGCUUGGAGAACACUUCAACUUUCAUAAAAACAAACCACGUAAGGGUUGCAUCAACAUGGGGAGAAUGAAGAAUGUAGUAAGAAGAUUAAAGUAUAAAAAGUGUGAAGUCAGGCAUGCUUCAAGCUACGUGCAUCGCUACCACCACCUGCUGGAGGACGUGAUCUGUGACAUUCCAUCAGCUCUUCUGGCUGAGCUUCUUCAUGAGGAGUUGACUUUCCAGAGGCAGCAGGAGCAGUUCCGCUCAGAUAUCACCGGAGGUGUUCUAGGCUGCGUUCCUCUUCCAAACAUCGAGAAUCAAAAUGAGAUCUGUCUGAUCUAUCCUAGAGGAGCAGCACUGGACUCUCUCAAUUUCCACCGGGUGGUGCUGGAGUUCAACGAGGGGAAGCCCAGUGUAGAUAUGAGUAACACGUCUCUGGUGUAUAAUCUGAAAGGGACAGUCCGGCAGAUCAGCACAGUCAGAGUGGAUGAUAAAGGUUUGGUCGGUGUGCGCUCGGAUUACUCCUGUGGUACGUGGGUAAUAAAAGAUGGUGAGCGUCCACGGCCUUUAGAGGUAAUCCAGCUGAAAGAGCCCUGCACCAGCCUCAACGUCAGUCCUCAUAUUUGUGGAGAAUUUGUGGUAGCCAGCGAGAGUGGAUCAGCCUAUCUUUGGACUGUGGGAAAACGUCCACAGAAGUUUCGAGAUGAAAAAACAAACCUGUACUUCAACGAUAAGUCGGAUUGGCGGUGGUGUGAGUUUUCAGCACAUCCGAGGGUGAUGGUUUUUGCUGACAGGACUGGAGCAGAGCUCACAGACAGCCGGAGCAGCGACUGUUCUCACACUCUUUUCCGGAUUGGGAAGACAGCCGGCUGUAAAAGCGGGGAAAGGCUGAUUGUAUCCAAGUAUAUGGGCGAGGUCCAUCCCUACCACCACCUUUUCACCACACAGUUCUCAGCGUACAUCCUGGAUGAGCGAAUGCCAAGUAUUCCUGCACUGAAAUGGGAGCACAUGAUGGAGUCUCCUCCAUGUUUUGCCCGUGUUUUACCAGCACUGGAUUCUAGCACCUCGACCAAAAUUCUCCUGGGGGCUCAGAGAGCUCAGGAGACUGUGCUGCUUAAUUAUACAGGAGGAUGUGAGCAGCCAUGUCAGUCAGAUGGUCCGCUUCAGAAGCUCUACAGUCCGUGUGAAGGUUUAAAGCAUCAGCUGCUCCCUCACAAACAGCAAGAGGUGGAGAAGAGACUGGGAGUACUUGCUGCAGGCCUGACUGCAACCCAGAGCAAUGGCUUCUUGACUGUCUUCCAGUUCACUGAAGCUGGAGACUUAUUCUCCCAGACGCUUAAGUUACAUUUGGACACAACCAGCUCUCAAAAAGAUCUAUCUGCAGCAAACUGUGACAUAGAUUUAGUAGACCUGCCAUCCAAGGACAAACCAGCUGAGGAACCUCGAAAAGACUCUAUUCCGCAAGAAACCUCAACUGUAUCCGAAGAGGAGCAGCUUUUGGACAGCGAUUUUGAACAAGAGCUAAGGCAGCGAAUGCUGAGCCAACUAGAAGUUGUCACCAAUGAUGACCAGGAUGGUUCUCUCACUUCAGACACAGAAGUAAGGAUUAGCUGUGAACCUGCCCCUGUUCCUGAGUCAUCAGUUGAUAUAGCCCAGAACAUCCAGACUCGUUCAGUAAGACCGGCAGACCCAGAGAAUGCUAGCGAAGAGUUAAAACUUAUCUGGAAAAAAUGGCUAAACUCUCUUCUAGAUCUGAACACAAGAAAGAAGCGAAGCCUGAAACAUAGGCGUCUCAAGACCAAUGAUAUACAGGUUAAAGUCCAUCGCAGAGAUCAGCUUAAGGAGAAGGAGAGGUUUCAGAAGUUGAGGAACGGCCUAAACGAUGCCCUGAAGAACAAAAAGCUGUUUGUUCACGGGGGUUCCUGCUUGCCUCCUCUAGAUAUCACCCCUGUUCCAGACACAGUGGACCCGUCAGACUGGUUGGAUGACCUUAGCCAGCGGUUAAGUGCCUCUUGGGCAGGUGGCUGGAAGAACUGGUGGGAAGAUAAGCUUGGCCUGAACCGAGACUCCAAGAUCCAAGCUUUACGCAGGAAACGCAGACAGGAGAAGCGUGCCAGAGCCCGAUACCGUGUGGCACUUUCCGGAAGUUUCACCUCGUCUACCAGCUAUCAGGACACUCUUUCAGGGUGGUCUUCUUCUACCAGUCAGUAUCUGGGUUCUGACUCGGAAAGCUUUGCAACUUCUCAGAGUGCUGCAGAGGAUAUUCCACUGUCAGAACCUGAGACACUACCCAAGAGCCCUGUUGUUGAGGAAUUCCCCAGGAGUGAGGGCACAGCGUGUUCCUCACAAGCUAUAGAAUCAAUAAAACCUUUUUCACAUACUUCAGAAAGGCUUGAACUGGACCAUGCCUUGCCUAUUUCUCAGAAUCAAAACCAGAAACAUCUUCCUAAAAAGGUUUCUACUGUUGAGACUCAAUCUGUGCUAUCUCCCUUACAAAUGUUGAAAGAAUCACUCUACAGCCAGCAGAGGCAAAGUCGUCAGCAGCUACAAAAGGACUACCUCAGCUCUCUGUUUGGCUCUCAGGAACCGUCCCAACACCCUGUGGAGGUCCACGACAACAGCCAAUUGUCGUCCUCAGGAACUCUAAGGAUGCAGAGCUCAGGUUACUCGCUUGCAAUGCAGCGUCUAUCUCAAAACAGGUCGUCCUCACAGGCCUCCCAGCCUCAGAAAAAGAAGUCUCGGAUGGGAUUCUGAGACAGUGAGCCCUUUACCUCUCGCUCUCGUCCCAGCUGGCCUCUGGGAUUGUGGGGAGUUCGGGGACGCUGUAGUAGCUGCUGUGGAGGUUCUGGGCAGUCCGACGGGAAACAAUCCACACCAGCUUCCUGUGGUCUGGUUUGGCACAUUCUGGGGAGGCAUACUGUGCGAGGCACUGACCCACCAGCCCUCUCCAACGCUGGAGCUCUGGCUCAGAUAUCUGCGCAUGCACAGGAAUCAAAAGAAGAGUACUUGGUUACAUAACAUUCAGGGGCAGGAAAGUUACUGAUAACCUACACUGACUCCCUCACUCGCUCUCCCCCCUCUUAGGGGGUAAACGGAUAGUCCAGACCGCUAUGGGUGGCUCCUGUGACGUUACAGAGCAUGCCUGUAAUACUUUAUGUCUCAGAGAAAGCUCUGAUAUAUAUUUUUAGUGGCAGCUUGCAUCACAGCUGGGGUCAAACCCAGAUUCAAAUGUCUGCCCUACUUUUUUUAUACUGUAAUGACAGUCUGACAGGAAGGAGUGUUUUUAUGUUGUUUUUUUUUUCCUCCUAAACAAUUAAACUAAAAUCAUGAUCAUGA